GGUAGUAGUAAACAGCGGGCAGCGCGCGACACGGUCGGUGGUAGUGGCUCGACGCCCCUACGUCGGCGGUGCGCGCGGUGAUCGAGAUAAGCAGUGCGGGGGACUGAGUGUACCGUAGACCGGAGAUCUCGCGUUGCGUUUCGUCGUUCGUAUACGUCCGCUUGCUCCCGCAUCUCGUUGUCCGCCGCGCCGACACACGGCAGUCCGUCGCCACGGGACACGGUUGACCGGCAGCCUAGGGUCUCUCUCUCUUUCGCCCGAUGUGACGGAGGUGUUCGCCGCGAUGCUCAAAGAUCAUUCACCGAUCACCCAGGCGCUCCUCGGGACCCUGUUCACGUGGGCCCUCACCGCGGCCGGUGCCGCGCUUGUCGUCGUCAUUCGAGGGAAACAACGCAAGCUCCUCGAUGUCAGCCUGGGGUUCGCCGCCGGCGUGAUGGUGGCUGCGAGUUACUGGUCAUUGCUAGCACCGGCGAUCGAAAUGGCAACCGAGAGCAAGAUAUACGGAGCGGAGGGCGAGUACGCGUUUGUGCCGGUCGCAGUUGGGUUUCUCGUCGGCGCGGCGUUCGUAUACGGGACGGACGUGUUGAUAUCCACCCUCGGCAUUCAGUCCCCCAAUGUGCUUUUAGCUAUGCAAUCAGUCGGUACGAAACAAAGACGCAAGAUCAUUGCGAAACUAAAGAGUGACGAGGAUUUAGACGAUGAUUAUGAUCUGUUGUUUAACGACGUACAGAUAUCCGGCGGGAAAAUAAACGCUCGCGUCGAAUCGACCGCUAUCGACGGCUUCUACGAACAGAAUAGUAGACGCCGACAAAUCACGAAUAUAAACAGAUCACCGGAAUCGGCAGAAAUCGGAACUGUCUACGAGGAUCCCAAUAACGAAGCGAAAAACAAUCAGUGGCGGAGGAUAUUACUGCUAGUUGUUGCAAUUACGGUGCACAACAUUCCUGAGGGUCUUGCGGUCGGCGUAGGCUUCGGAGCAAUAGGUAGUAGUUCAUCAGCAACUUUUGAAAAUGCAAGAAAUCUCGCGAUCGGGAUCGGGAUACAGAAUUUCCCUGAAGGACUGGCGGUGUCCUUGCCCCUUCAAGCCGCCGGGAUUAGCACGCUGAAGAGCUUCUGGUAUGGCCAGCUCUCGGGGAUGGUGGAGCCCAUUGCUGGUGUCCUCGGCGCAGCCGGAGUAACACUCGCUGCACCUGCGCUACCUUAUGCACUUGCCUUCGCGGCCGGUGCGAUGAUCUACGUUGUGAUCGACGACAUUAUCCCGGAAGCACAUCAAAGAGUCGGGAAGCCCCUGAACAAAUCUGUCGCGGAUAAGCAGGCCCAAAGAAGAUUAUUCCACAAAGGCUGCGUGCGACGUGCGUGCGACGUGCGUGCAUCCCGUGCGAACCACCGUCCCGGCAGUUUCGAGAACGAGAUUGUAAGUCUUUCUGCUUCCGUGUAAUUAUAUGAACGACUUUCGUAGGUAAAAACAUGUUCCACGCGCGUGAUUCGUGAAUCACGCUUUGGAAAUUUCCGUUAAUUCCGGGCAAUGGGAUAAUUUUACGCUUCUUACUACGAACUUGUGUCGAAUGCAAGCUCCUUUGCUUGAGAUGUGGCUCAAUUUUUUACAAUUAGACUGAUCACAAAUUAACGUAAUAAAUUUCUAAUAGCUGGCUAUCAGAUAGCCAUUAGUAACAUACAUACAAAUUAAAUAGCCAUUAGUUACAAAGUACACUAAUAAUACGCAUUAAUAUCAACGAAAUUGCUGGUAGUAUCUGAUUUUCUGAACCAUAAUUAAUUUUCUAUAGUUUACAAUACACGUGUGCACAAGUCAUUUUUUUUUUUUUUUAAUUUUGUGAUGAUGCUUAUUAACGAUUUCAUACACUAACAAAAAAUUGUUGAAAAACUAAUAUUUAAUCCGAUAGGUGCAACUAAAUAUUAUAGUUCAAUUAAAUUUUGGUUAAAGAAGUUGAAUGAUAGACAUAAAUGAACUAUACUUUUCUUGUGCAAUUAACUGUUGAAUCAACUCAAUGUUUGAUCGUGCUGGACUAAAUAUUUUAAUUUUUUAACAAACUUUUUUUGUCAGUGUAGAUUUUGAGUAACGAUAUUUUCAAUAUACUCUAGUUUUUAGUGUCUGCGCUCCUUUUAGUACAAUCUGUAAAUAAAAUACACUUUCUCUCUAGCGAACGAAAUACAUGUCAAACACAAUUAGCGACUUUUAGUUCGUGAAAGGAGAAUGCUGGAGAGGCGCUGUGAAGGAGAAUUUUUUUUAAAUUAAAACGAGAAAAUAGCAGCUCAAUUCGACCGAUUCUAGAAAUAGCGCAUCAUCAUUUAGAAAAUGAAAUUGAUCGGCUGCCAAAGAGCUGUAGAGAGUAUCAAGUAAGAAAAUAAAUGGACCGAGUGAAUUUAAUACUCCGCUCGAGUAUCGUCGUGUCAUUUUUGCGUUGACACUCCGUCUUUAUUUCAUGCAGUCGCCCAGCGGCCCAGCUUGCCCACCAUUAUACCGAUAUUAUCGAAAACGUAUCGUCUCGCCGUAUAGUAUAUACUUAAAAAGUUCCACACCGACAGGAAGAUAUUAUCAUAACCGUCCCCACCCCGAUAUGCAGAUAUAUUUGGACGGGGCUUACGCGCCCGUGACGCAGACGAAUUUAAUUUAUCGCCCCGACGGAAUUCGUUGAGGUGUCGGCCGCACGGGAAUCGGACGACCCAAUUUUUCCGAUCCUCCGCGCGCGAGGCGAGUGGGUGCGCGUUUACGUAAUCGUCCCGUUUCUUCUCGCGGUCCUCUCGCUACGUCUUCGCACCGAUUAUUAGCUCGUAGUCUGAGAGCCGUCUGCGGGUCGACGUCCGGCGUCCCGGAAUAGACGCAUCCCGCGCCGCCGAUGCUCGUUACAUUCUGUCACCUAGCGGACGCGCUUUUGCUGGGUCUCGCUGCGAUUUCCGGGCCGGCUUCGCGCGACGGGAAACGACUGAAAUGACCCGCUGAUUCUGCCCGUUCGUUUUGCCGAGAAAUACGCGAAACAAAUAGUUCCGGUGUUACGUAGUUCAAGACGCACCGUUCCGAAACACGUUUUUUACUUCAAGUACGAUCAAACUAAGGAAGUUGAAGUUAAAGAAAAAAAAAAUUCGUUCUUACAUUGCGAAAUCGAGCUCUUUGCUGACGCGAUGUUUUUGAGAGCCCUAGAUAGAAUACUUCCGUUGUGUUACAAGAACUAACGACCGUCGGUUCAAAAUCUUGACCACGAUUCCUGCACACGAUUGCGUCGUUUCUUUCGGUUGCAUCGUCUCAGCGACGAACGAAGCUACCCCUCUCCUUUUCUUCUCUUUUUCUCUCUCCUAUCGCCCGGUAAUACGUCACGAUGAUCACCCCGAGACCGGUUAACAGUCAUCCUCCUCGAAGGGCAGGUGCGUAGGUACGUACCGCUUUUGUACGCGAGGGAAAAGGGCAGCUGCUUGUUCCUAGACACAAGGAGGCGAAGGGCAAGCAAGUAGCGCGGAGAGGGCGGGGAGGGGGGAGGAGGAAGAAGACGAAGGGCGAGAAAGGGAGGUGGCUCGCUGCUAAGGUAAACGAUAUAAUGGGGACGUAACAGUGGGUCCUUUUCAGUGGCAGAUGUCCUGGCCGAGACACGUGCCCGCGACGUGGUCCCCCUUUUUCGGAGCUCCGUCGUCCUCCCUCCCCUCCUCUUCUUUCUCCGCGCUCGAGGAGGAACGAGAGCGGAAAACCCCCGAAAAAAGAAGGGGCCCUCUCCGUGCGGUAAGGGCCGCGCGCGCUCGUCGCGUUCUACGUCGCGCUGCUUCCUUUCUUCCGUCCUUUCUUUCCGCCCGUGUCUCUUCUUUUUUUUUCUCUCCCGAGCUCGGAGGGACGCACCAGCUGCUCUUGUUAUACAGCGGAUUUCGCACCGGCAUAACGACAAGUCCGUUGCUUCGCGCCCUAUUUGCGCGAAGAUUUGAGAUCCUGCGCGGACUUUUGCUGAUCCGAAAACGCCGUCUUUCAACGCUUGUUACGAGUCUCGGAGCGAGGAUUAAGGAGGGAAUAUUUUUAUUGAUGGGGCAAUAAUUUGUAGUAAUUGUAGUGAAACAGCUGUUUAUUUUUCAGCACUCGAAAAAUAUAAUUGAUAAAAAAAUUAAAUAAAUUUAAAGAAACGUAGUAAAGAAUAAAAAUCUUAAAUAGAGAAUAUCGUAAGAGUCGAAUACAAAUAAGGGACAGUAGAAUGAGACAAAUUAAUUGAAUCAUUAUCGUACUAUUAAUAUUCACUCAAAUAUUCUCUACAUCAUAAAAUCGCUUUCCAAAUGAUUGAUUUUGCGACAAAUAUUGCAUGAAAUUACUUUCCUACCGUAGAAACGUCUCGCGACUGUAACAAUAUUGAUCUUUGUAAAUCAAUGCUCGAUUUCGUACGAUAGCGCCUGCUCCUCUCGAUUUUUAAAUAAUUGCGCAUACGUAUCAAUAGAUUUUAGCGAUUAUUAAAACUAAUUACAUUGAAAAUAAUUAAGAAUACGAAACUUUUGGGAGAUUAAUGUCUAUUUUUACCAACGCAGAUUAACUUUGAUCUCAGUUUAGCUUGCUCUUUAUCUUUCUUUCCAAGUUCUAAGAAUUGGAAAAAGAUAAAGAACGAGUUAAACUGAGAGCAAAGUUCUAAUUCUGCAUUGAUGGAAAUGGGGGUAUAAGAGUAAAAAAUAUACAUAUAUAUUUAUAACCUUUAAUUAAUUUCAAAUGACUUAGUGACUCGUCAAAUUAUCAAUUCUUAUCCUAACCAGAGUGUAGAAUAGGAUUAACGAGGCUGUUGAUUUCUGAGCUCUAGAAAAAGAAAUAAGUUAUGUUAUCUUCGUGUCAAUUUCUGGUUCGCUAGUAUUUUUAAUCACGGGUUUACUUUCUCAAAUGUCACUUUGAUUUGGUUGCGGAUCUCGCAACCUGGAUUUAGCUAGCGAAGUGGCCAGGAACGAGAAAGCAUCGGACAUCGCGCGAACAAAGAGAAUUCGAGUUCGGCAGGUUGAUGCCGAGCGUGUCCGAGUAUAAGCGUCAGGCAGGUACGGUACAUAAACCGCCGUGCCAAAUUCUUACAAAAGGCGAACGUUGAGCGGUUGCAUUGAGCGUUUCGCGGAAAGCUCGUCGUCGUCGCCUCUUCUCUGACCCGCCGCCGGCUUAAAACCAGUCCAGAUGAAAAAUACUUGUAACAAGUUUUCCAACAGAGCGCGCGCCGCAGGAUAUUCCACGCGAGGUGUGAAAUGACGCUACAAUGGAUUGGUACACAACCGUUCCGAAAAACCCACUACACCUAUCUCUUCAAGCACCUCGACACAUCGAAAGGAACCUUGCGGUCGCGUGAACUUUUGUUAUUCCGUUUUACGAAGUGCAUAAUUAUAUUUCUCGUAACGAAACGGGAUUACGUUAAUAAUAGCGUCCAAUAGUGUUCUCUGUUUCGCGUCCAUGGGAAUUACGACUCGCGGAAAUCGUGCGAUCUGACCGCCGCGCCGCACCGACGCUGUCACCCAUUCGCCCCGUUCUCAUCGUACUACGACUUUGUCGCUACAAAAGCCGUUAUGAUAUCUCUUGCGUUUCGCCUUCAAUGAGUUUCAAUUCGGUUCCCGUGUAAACGUUACGCGUAUAAAGCGAGCUUUACACCGCGUCGUCUGAGAGCCGCUGCGCCGCCGUGCGACUUUUUGAGUCGCUUUGGUCUCACGCCGGGACUAUGGACGGUGUAUACACGUAUUAGCCUGCACACACGUAUAACGUAUCCACGCACGGCUGAUGCACUAGCACGCGGUUAUAUACGCGCAUACUCGUACACCUACGUCGGUGGAGGUAGCCCGUUUUACACACGCCGCGCGUACAUUACGCGCGAUAUAUCGAGCGCGCAUUCCUGUUCGAUACCAUUAUGCGACCGGCACUCGUCGAUACUCGUCGUGAUCGCGCGACGAGUAUCCGUGCGUCCACCGAUACCCCGGGACACGAGAGCCUAGUCGAGGAAUAUAUCCCUCUUCGAUUAAAAUAGCAUCAGGUAGAUAGGUGGCUCUCGCAUUAUUUUUUCAACAGCGACUCCUUUUUUCACGUCGCUUUUCGUUCGACUCGAUAAAGUCGAAAAUGUCGAUGAAGCUCUUAUUCCAUCUUUUCAUUUCGUACAUUUGAUAAUUGAACUCGCGACUAAAAUGCUAGCGAACCAAACAUUGACACGAAGGUAUAAUUAAUCAAACAUAGAAAUCAAAAACUUUAUCGAAUCGAACUCGAUACUUUGGUGAAAUAAGAACAGAAAGAGCGAUUUCAUUAAAGUGUCUAAAAAUUUAGCUGAAUACAGAUCUGAAAAUAAUUUUGUUGGACCAUCAAAAUAAUUGCGACGAAUGUUCGAGCAAUGUUGCAAAAAGUUUUCACAUUUCACCAAUCAAUCUGAAUGAUCCAACGUAAUUUUUUCGAUGGGCUAAUAAAAUUAUUUUCAGAUUUGCAUUCGAUUAAAUUUUUAAAUACUUUAGCGAAACCAUGAACUAACAUUUUGAUAAACUACUUAAAAUUAAUUGAAGGAUAUAAACGUAUAUACUUUUUUUUUACGGUUACUCUUAAUCUCUCGGAAGUCUCAAUUAUUUUUAAUGUAAUCAAUUUGAAUAAUUGCUUAAAAACUAUGGGUACUUCCGUAUGCGCGAUUAUUUAAAAAUGCUGUCGAGCGUGUUUCUGGUAAACUCUCGCGCAAUCAUGACGCGGCGAAUUGCGGCGAAAAAGCUCGCAACCCAUAAAAUAGCACCCGCAUUGACUUAUCCGCGUGCGAUUACACUUUGCAUGUUUGCAUUAGCCAUGAUGUUUCUGCUUGCACGUUUGACGAAUCUCGCUGUAAACGCUGAUAUCUUCCAACUUUCCCUCGGGAGAAAAGUUAUUUGCCGGAGUCUUCAAAAAAGUCGACAUUAAGCAUUCUGACGAUUGCAAUCUCCGAAUCUGAAUAUCUUUCGAGAGAAGUAAAGUACUUUUAGAGCUUAUCGAAAAUAAUUUAUGCUUUUUUAAACUUUGGUCGAAGCUUUAAUAUCAAACUCGUGAUACGUUUCGUAGAGAGUUUUUAAUGCGCAUACGAAAUUACGACGAAUUUACUCGAGUGCGUAAGGACAAUGAUGCUUUAUCGCUUUAUGAAAGUCUUCGUCAUCGAGUUCCCGCGGAAGGUUUCCUAUGAACGUGGGAUUCUAUAACUUUAUUAUAUCGUGCGAAAUGGAGACCAGGUCAUUUCUCGGCGUUCGUCUCGUAAAAAGAAAAAGAGGAAACGGAACGUUUUCCCAAAGUCUUGCUUCUCAUUUUCGAAACCAGACGCGAUAAAUAUCGCUAACAAUAACAGAGUAAUUAAGUCAGAUAUUAAAUUUUUAUCUCGUUCUUGAACAGAACGAUAGUUUCUCGCGAACCGUGUGCGAUCCGUGACAUUGAGCUACAAAUCCAUGAUCGAGAGCAAACGGAUGGAGCACUGAGAACCUCUGCGGCUACUUCGAUUCAGCUUCGACUUCCUUCGACCCGAAUGCAGUGACCCGUGCUAACGAUCGCGAAUAGCAACGAUCGAUCUUCACGAUCCGGGGUGCUGUGCCGGGCGAAGAAGUCGAAGACCUCUCUUCGUGAAAGUUUCUACAUAGGAAUUCCGUCAUAUCCGAGACGGGCGAUUUCGUUUCUUUGCUUCUAGUUUUUUGCUUGUUCCGGUCUAUCUCGUUUUCUCCGCGGCGCCGGUGUCGAUGGCUUUGAAAUUCGCCUCUGAAUGGUGCAUGAAUAAUUGCGAAUAGGGAGAAAAAAAAAUACGGAAAAAGGGGGGAAAGGAGUGAUUGGCCGGAAUGUAGUUACAAAACUCGCGGAAUAUUGCGUGAUAUGCCGCGUAGAACGAUGGAACUUCGGUAGACUUCUAAGAAUUCUAAUCGAAUAAUACGAUUAUUAGGGUAAUAUAUUUAUUGUUCGGAAAUAAUUUAAACGAUGGAUCCAUUUGAGAAGAACGAUUACUUUUAAUGUUUGAAAUUAACAAUAUAAAAUAAAAUGAAACUUGAACUUGAAGGAAAUAGAAAUAUGCUAUAAAAUUAUAAAAUGUUAUUAAAUUAUGAUCAUUAGAUAUUCCACUUUUACAUCAUGUAAUAUCCGAAUUACUUUAUUAUUAUGUCGCGUGAACAAAGAUGUUUGAGUAGUGAAAAUAAAAAUUGCUUAAAUAGUAUGAUGUAGCGUCUUCUCCUCCGUUUAAUAGAUUUAUUACUUAGAUAAUAAAAAAUCGUCACAAGACGUUUACGAUGAAAUUCUAUUCUUUAUAAAUACGUCUUAUUACUGUUAAUACAAAGCCAGGAAUAAGUCAAUAAAAGUACCGCUGAAACUUACGAUAAACGCUUACGGUAAAAGCGCAAGGCGUAUGCGAAUUGGAUCUAAUCCAUUAUGCAGCGAUCGUCGUCUACCUUUUAAAAGCUGCAUAGACUGACAGUGACAUAGUAUAGACAUUGGUAUACGAAGAUGAGUGCCCUCCAUUAUUCAUGGUAGAUUAUCGAUAAAUUAUAAUAGCGGCGAAUCGAUAGUAGAAGUCUUCGAGCUCCAAGCUGUUGUUCGAUUUCCAGGUAUCAGUCAAUACCGAUGUCUCUGUCUACGCUUCCCUCCAUGCGCGAAGUUUGUAUACGCGCGGAGCCUUCGUUUUACGGCGUUUUAUUCCUACGGGUUAAAUAAGCGCGUUCGGGCGGUAAACUAUGCAUCAGCCCAUUGUGCCAACUUACGAAACGAUGUUAGUUUGCUAGUGUGCUAGUUGCGAACUUACAGGUUAUUUCCGACGUUGAAAGGCGCGUAUGAAAAUGAAAUCCGCGACUGCAUCUUCUCAUUUUACAUUUAAUUUAGGCAUUUAAUUCUUGAACACUGUUAUAUUAUCAGGAUUACGGCACUUGAUCUCUUUUGAGAUUCUUUAAUAGAAAUUUUCUCUCUCUCUCUCUCUCUCUCUCUC